ACCACACGCAAUUGAUUCAUUCUCCAAUAGUUUCCCGCGGAAAAAAAAAAAAAAAAACCCCAUUUUUUCCGUGAGUCUGAAAUUGCCAUAGCUUGCUAGAACAAACCCAAUCUUCAAUUUGGUUUCUCAUUUGAAGCUUCCAAUCCUUGCUGAUCUCAGAGACUCAGAGUAAAAGUGGUUUCGUUUAAUAUUACGUAGUAGUAGGUGAGAAUUGGAACAUGUCUUUGAACCAAUGCGCGUGUAAAAGCCAAAGUCAAAGGUUUUAAUAGACAGAGAUCCAAGUCCAUGUUCAAAGCUGUUGCCGAGAAAGAUCAAACACCCGAAUUUUGUAACAGGUGUCAUGGGGUAUAUAUUUGUAUAUGUACAUGAAUAUUAGUCAUACGUAAAUUUUAGGACUUGGGUUCUUCUGAAUCAGAUGUUUCUGUUUCUGGGUAUCUCUGUUUCCUGCCAAAGAUUGUAGCUUUUUUAUUGUCUAUUUUUUGCUGAUAUUCAAUAAUUUUUCCAGCUGGGUCUGGUCUCUCUCUCUCUCUCUCUCUCUCUCUCUGGUUUGUGUUACUUUAAUCCACCUCUUCUCAUUUUAAUCCAAUUAAGUCUACUACUACUUGUACUACUUUAAGUUUGUUUCGGGGGGAGUUCUGUUCUUUGAGAGUUGAAAUUUUUGGGGGUUUGUGGUUCUGGGAGUUUGUUGUGGGUGGUUUUUCUUGAAGGAGUUUCAUUUUCUAUUGAGAAAGUUGGUUUGAUUUCAUUUCUGGAUCUGGAUUUGGAUUUGGAAGAGUUUGUGGAAUUGCACAUACACUAGUCUAAAAUUUGAAGAGAUGAAACAUACUGGGAGAAGGAGGAGGCUGCAUUUUAGCAAGAUCUAUUCAUUUAGAUGUGGGAAAACACCUCUGGAUGAUGAUCAUUCACAGAUUGGGGGACCUGGGUUCUCAAGGGUAGUUUAUUGCAAUGAACCAGGUGGCUUUGAGGCUUCGAUUCGCAAUUAUGUUGGUAAUUAUGUGAGGAGUACAAAGUACACGGCUGCAAGUUUCUUGCCCAAGGCCUUGUUUGAGCAGUUCAGAAGGGUUGCCAAUUUCUACUUCCUUGUCACCGGCAUCUUGGCCUUCACUCCCCUUGCUCCUUAUAGUGCUGUCAGUGCUAUUCUCCCUCUGGUUGUAGUGGUUGGGGCCACCAUGAUCAAGGAAGGCAUUGAGGAUUGGCAGCGGAAAAAGCAGGAUAUUGCGGUGAACAAUAGAAAGGUUAAAGUACAUCGUGGUGAUGGAGUUUUUGAGCCUACUCAAUGGAGGAAUCUCAGAGUAGGAGAUAUAGUGAAGGUGGAGAAAGAUGAGUUCUUUCCAGCAGAUCUUGUCUUGCUUUCAUCCAGUUAUGAUGAUUCAAUUUCUUAUGUUGAAACCAUGAACCUUGAUGGGGAAACAAAUUUGAAACUAAAACAAGCAGUAGAGGUCACUUCAUUUUUACAUGAGGAUUCUAACUUCAAGGAUUUUAAGGCCCUUGUUAGGUGUGAAGAUCCAAAUACAAAUUUGUAUUCUUUUGUUGGAAGUAUGGAAUUUGAAGAGCAACAGUUUCCCCUUUCCCCUCAGCAACUUCUCCUCAGAGAUUCUAAACUCCGAAAUACUGACUACAUAUAUGGUGCUGUUAUCUUCACUGGUCCGGAUACCAAGGUAAUUCAAAACUCCACUGAUCCCCCAUCGAAGAGAAGCAAAAUCGAGAAGAAAAUGGAUAAAAUUAUCUACUUCUUAUUCAGUGUUCUCUUUACAAUCGCUCUUAUUGGGUCAAUUUAUUUUGGCAUUACGACUGCUGAUGACCUAGAAAAUGGUAUUAUGAAAAGGUGGUAUUUGAGACCCGAUAAUUCUACGAUUUUCUUUGAUCCAAAAAGAGCCCCGCAAGCUGCACUUUAUCACUUUCUGACGGCAGUGAUGUUAUAUACCUACUUGAUCCCAAUCUCCUUGUAUGUGUCCAUAGAAAUCGUCAAAGUAGUUCAGAGUGUCUUUAUCAAUAAUGACAUUUGUAUGUAUUAUGAAGAAGCUGACCAACCAGCGCAUGCUCGCACUUCAAAUUUAACUGAGGAAUUAGGCCAAGUGGACACAAUACUUUCUGAUAAGACAGGAACAUUGACUUGCAAUUCUAUGGAGUUUAUCAAGUGUUCUGUGGCUGGGACAGCUUAUGGCCGCAGUUUUACGGAAGUUGAGAAGGCUAUGGCUAGAAGAAAAGGAUCUCCAUUGCCAAAUGGAACGGUAAAUGGGAAGGACCACGUUGACGAUUCCUCUGAUACAAAGUCGCUCAUUAAAGGCUUCAAUUUUGAGGAUGAAAGGAUCGUGAAUGGGAAUUGGGUUAAUGAACCUCGUGCAGACAUCAUACAGAAGUUUCUUCGUUUACUGGCAAUAUGUCAUACGGCCAUACCUGAAAUGGAUGAAGAUACAGGGAAUGUUUCGUAUGAAGCUGAGUCACCAGAUGAGGCAGCUUUUGUGAUCGCAGCAAGAGAGCUUGGCUUCGAAUUCUGUAAAAGGACUCAAACAAGUGUAUCAUUGUCUGAAUUGGAUCCUGUGUCUGGCAGAAAAGUUGAAAGGGUGUAUAAACUUUUAAAUGUCUUAGAAUUUAACAGCUCAAGAAAGCGGAUGUCUGUAAUAGUAAGAGAUGAGGAGGGAAAGCUUGUACUGUUUUGUAAAGGUGCUGACAGUGUCAUGUUUCAAAGGCUUUCCGAACAUGGAAGGGAGUUUGAAGACAAAACCAGGAAACACGUGAAUGAAUAUGCUGAUGCAGGUUUGAGGACCUUGAUACUUGCUUAUCGUGAACUCGAAGAGGAAGAGUACAAAGAUUUCAAUAAGAAAUUUGCAGAGGCCAAGAAUUCUGUCAGUGCAGAUCGGGAGGAAUUGAUUGACGAAGUGGCAGAUAACAUUGAGAAGGAUUUGAUUCUUCUUGGUGCAACAGCGGUUGAGGAUAAACUUCAAAAUGGGGUUCCUGAAUGUAUUGACAAGCUUGCUCAAGCAGGAAUAAAGAUAUGGGUUUUAACUGGAGAUAAGAUGGAGACAGCCAUCAAUAUUGGUUUCGCUUGUCGUUUGCUUAGACAAGAAAUGAAGCAGAUAUUAAUACACUUGGACACACCAGAAAUCACAUCUCUAGAGAAAGCAGGAGACAAGGGCGCCAUUGUCAAGGCUUCAAAAGAGAGUGUUCGUCGCCAGAUAAGUGAAGGGAAGGCUCAACUUACUGCAUCAAGAGGAAGCUCUCAUGGCUUUGCUUUGAUCAUUGAUGGGAAAUCACUUGUGUACGCUCUGGGGGAAGACAUGAAAAAGUUGUUUUUUGAACUUGCAGUUGCCUGCGCAUCUGUUAUUUGCUGCCGUUCAUCACCGAAACAGAAGGCACUGGUCACUAGACUUGUUAAAGACGGAACCGGGAAGACAACAUUAGCAAUUGGUGAUGGUGCUAAUGAUGUGGGGAUGCUUCAAGAAGCUGAUAUUGGGGUUGGAAUCAGUGGCGUUGAAGGAAUGCAGGCGGUCAUGUCAAGUGAUGUUGCAAUUGCUCAGUUCAGAUUUUUGGAGCGGUUGCUACUGGUGCAUGGACAUUGGUGUUACAGAAGGAUAUCGACAAUGAUAUGCUACUUCUUUUAUAAGAAUGUGACGUUUGGUGCCACGGUCUUCCUGUAUGAAGCACAUGCAUCUUUCUCCGGGCAACCCGCAUACAAUGAUUGGUUUUUGUCUCUAUACAAUGUCCUCUUCACAUCACUUCCUGUUGUUGCUUUGGGAGUGUUUGACCAGGAUGUAUCUGCUCGCCUUUGUCUGAAGUUCCCCUUGUUGUACCAACAAGGUGUGAAGAAUGCCCUCUUCAGCUGGCGCCGAAUUCUGGGCUGGAUGUUCAACGGGCUUUGCAGUGCGGUCAUCAUCUUCUUCUUCUGCACCAAGGCAUUGGACCCACAGGCCUUCAACAGUGACGGAAAAGUCGCCGGGUACCAAAUAGUUGGGGCCACAAUGUACACUUGUGUUGUUUGCGUUGUGAAUUUCCAGAUGGCCCUAGCGGUUACCUACUUCACCUGGAUUCAACAUAUCGUGAUCUGGGGUGGUAUUUCUCUCUGGUUCCUUUUUCUGUUCUUAUACGGAUCCAUGUCUCCCGAUGUUUCUACCACUGCUUACAAAGUACUGGUUGAGAGCCUUGCACCGGCACCCGCUUUCUGGUUAAACAUACUCUUUGUUGUACUCGCGGCUCUUAUCCCCUACUACUCGUAUUCGGCAAUUCAGAUGCGCUUUUUCCCAAUGUACCACGAGAAGAUACGGUGGAUUAGCAAGGAGGGUGGUCGAUCAGACGACCCUGAGCACGGCAAUACUAUGGGACAGGGGUCGAUAGGACUCACAACCAUGGGUUCCGGCGCAGGUGUCGAAGAAAGAAAUCACAGUGUGGAACCUAGCUUUCAAAUCCGUAGAUAGUAAAUCCAGUGAACUGUUCUUGACUGUUGAUAGUAUCCGUAUGUACAGAAAGUAUACUUAUCACCUGUACCAUAUGUUUUUGAACAGGAAUCAAAUAGCUCGACAUUGAAAUUUUUUGAUUCUUGCCUUAUGAGGCUACAAUUUAUUCGUUCGUUCUUCAUUUGUUCAUUCCGUACCAGUUCCGGGAUUUACCUCGGACCUGUCGAGAAAUUCUUGUAAUAAAUGGAACUGCCACUCUUCUUUCUAGUUACUGUAAUAAAAAGAAAUUUUGGUCAA